CUGGUCAGCUUGAGGAAAACGGCCCAAUUUCUCAACAAUUUUGUGACUUUAUCCCAUGUGCCAACCUGGGUGGCAACAGCACUGUUUUUCUUAUCAUUUACACCAGGUAAAAUGAGACUGCUGUCCAGCAAAACUGUUGCCAUAGGGCAGUUUAAAGUGAUUAAGUGCUUUAACCUUCAGUCUGCUCUUGAUAUUUUAAACCAGUUAUUCCAAUCUCUUUGUUGUCAAUGUCAAUCACGAUAACACAGGGCAAGUGGCUACUACGGGGGGCGUUUCUUGUGAGCAUACAAUACUGUAUGUUCUGUAUGAAGCAUCAUUUACCUGUCACUUCCUAAACAGGACAUAGUUUAUAAAUAUCAUCCAGUAGAGCUGAGCGAUGGGGCUACAAAAGGCUGCUCACAAUCUCCCCAUUGUUCACUGGCAUCAUUGUUGGUCUGACCUCCCAGCUGCUCAGCCAUGGCCCCCAAGAAAGCCAAGAAGAGGUCAGCAGAGGGAGCCAACUCCAACGUGUUCUCCAUGUUUGAGCAGGCUCAGAUUCAGGAAUUUAAAGAGGCUUUCACCAUUAUGGACCAGAACAGAGAUGGCUUUAUCGACAAGAAUGAUCUGAGGGACACUUUUGCUGCUCUAGGACGCCUCAACGUGAAACAGGAAGAGAUCGAUGAGAUGCUCAAAGAGGCUCCUGGCCCAAUCAACUUUACCGUCUUCCUCACCAUGUUCGGUGAGAAGCUGAAAGGUGCUGAUCCAGAGGAGACCAUCCUCAACGCGUUUAAAGUCUUUGACCCUGAGGGGAAAGGUGUACUCAGGAAGGACUAUGUGACACAGAUGCUAACAACACAAGCGGACCGUUUCUCCCCUGAAGAGAUGGAGCAGAUGUUCGCUGCCUUCCCCCCAGAUGUGGCAGGGAAUCUGGACUACAAGAACCUGGUUCACAUAAUUACCCAUGGAGAGGAAAAGGACCAGGAGUAGACCUGUGUUCAUCAAAUAGAAAGUCCGUACAUGGUGUACUUGAAACUGGCCCACUGCCCUUGAAGAAAAUGAUGACUGUGGUGUAUUUACGCAUCUUAAUGUUGGCUGCAUUAUCUCUGUACUUACUCAAGAGGACUUACUUUCGGGCCCCAAAAACCGACAAUUGACGGCAUCAACAUAGUGAGCUGUCUUGCUCCCUUUCUGCUUUAUUCACAGUACAUUCAUUUGAGACUAAUUGAAUUAUUUUUCCAUACCAUUUUGUACACUCCAACCUCCUCUUCCUGCAUGUUUGUCUAAUAAAAGUUUUCAAAGACA